GGUGGGGGGGGCCUGGCUGCCUCUCUGGGGGAUAUUGAGGUGAUUUGGGGGGUAUUUAGGGGAUGUUUGGGGUAUAUUUAGGGUCUGACUGCCCUGAUCUGCCCCUCUCUCAGAGCUGAGGUGAGUUGGGGGGUAUUUUGGGGUGUUGUUGGGGUAUAUGAUGGCCGUACAGCCCCGGCUGAGGUGAUAUUGGGGUAGUUGGGCUGUAUUUAGGGUAUUAUUUAGGGUGUAUUAUGGCCGGGCUGCCCCGGGCCACCUCCCUGAGGUGAUAUUGGGUGCAUUUCGGGUGGUUUUGGGUGUGUGGGAUGGCCUGGCUGCCCUGGCCGGUCUCCCUCGGGGAGCGGAGCUGAUUGGGCUGUAUUUAGGGUAUAUUUUGAGGGCACAUAGGAUGGCCUGGCUGCCCUGGCCGGCCUGUCGGGGGGUGGUUUAGGGUGUAUUUGGGCGUGUUCGGGGUGUUAUUGGGGUACAGCUCGGGUGUUUGGGGUGUAUGAUGGCCUGGCUGCCCUGGCCGGCCUGUCGGGGGGUGGUUUAGGGUGUAUUUGGGCGUGUUCGGGGUGUUAUUGGGGUAUAGCUCGGGUGUUUAGGGUGUAUGAUGGCCUGGCUGCCCUGGCCGGCCUCCCUGAGGGAGCGAGCGGGACGAUACCUGUUACAGCGGUACCUCGGACGCUUCCUCCAGCAGCGGCUCAGCCUCCAGCAGCUCAGCCUCGACCUGUACAGCGGCCACGGCCGACUGAGCCUCCUCCAACUGCAGCCACAGUCGCUGAAUGAGGUGCUGGACUCUCUGGGGGUGCCGCUCGAAAUCACCGAUGGUUUUAUUGACAGUAUCUCGCUCUCCGUGCCCUGGUCCGCUCUGAUGACGGAGAACUGUACGGUGGAGGUCACAGGCCUCCAACUCACCUGCUCACCCAAAUACCACGUGGGUAAGUGCACAGCCCCUCUCCCUCCGGCCCUACACACUGGGUCUGACCCCUGA